GACGGGACGAGGAGAGAACAAUGAAAGGUGUCCUCCUCAAAAGCCGACAAUGGAUUCUUCAUUUGUUUACUCUUUCCCGGGUCUCUACCCGCCAGUUUUCGAUUUGUCGUGCUCACCGUCGACGGCAGCCAGCACCCUUCAAUUUCUCCAUCGUCGCAGGCCGACCCUUCGUUUCGAAUGUCCUUCUCAUCCCGUCCUCUAAGAGGAGUAUCACCUCCACCUGUUUACGACGCGCACUCGACUGUACCAACAUCUACAACAUCGCUUAAGCCGUACCUUCAGUUGCCACACAUCCUUUCCCUCACAUGGCUAGCAUAUCCAAUCCUUUCCUUGAUAUUCAUCAUCUUUAGACUUCAGCUCUCGUCGGCGGAGUCCCAGACCGCCGUUGCCAAUGCCAAAGAUGAUCUGUUAUCUGCCUGCAACGCCGCUGAGGAGGCAGCUACCUCGGCGGCGAGCAUGCCACGGUACUUGGCCAUUGCUGCCAAUCAACAGUUCGCCGAUGCCGUGAACGGUACAAUGAAUGGUGCCCGAGCAGCUUUGAUACUUGCUUUGACCUGUAUGGAAGCCAUCAUCAACUUUCUCAUCGACAUAUAUCGUUCGACCUUUCUCUGUUUCCUCGAGCUGAUCGUCGUGGGUGGCCUCAAUUUGCUCAUUAGCGCCGUUCAAGAGAUCACCUCGUUCCUUCAGACAACGCUGAACAGCAUUGUCACGAGCCUCAAGAAUGAUGCUUCUUCCAUCAACUCCGCCAUUGAGAGCGCCGUGAGCGCCGUAAAUAACGUCAACCCUUUCGGAACCAUUCAAGCUCCUCAAUUCAACCUCUCCAGCUUUGACGCUUUGGGCAACAUUACUAUACCGACGGAUUUCGAGAAUGCCCUGGUUCAAUUGAAUAAUUCGCUGCCGACUGUUUCUUCAAUUAAGAAUUCGAUUCAAGAUCUAGUGGACACUCCUUUCGAAGCCGUGAAGGCCGACAUCAACAACACGUUCUUCGGCCUUACAUUCGAUGCGUCUGUUCUGCCUGUACCAGCACAGAAUACUGUUUCGUUCUGCAGUAACCUCGACACAUCUUCUAUCGACAAUCUCGGCAAUGACCUUCUUCGGAUAACCAAGAUCAUCACAAUUGUCCUAAUUGCGGUCCUUUUCUUGUUACUUGCGGGUCACUGUGCAUUUGAGUGGUACAAGUGGCGCUGCCUCCAGCGACAUUUACGGUACACUCGCGAGGCAUGGCUCUCGGACCCCACCGUGUAUCAUUCGAACCCCUCACAAGCAAUUCCAACGGUGACACUUAGCGACCACAACCUCCUCAUGCUCCAAGUAGACGCUCAACACCCGUUGCUUACGCGCAUUGCCAAUUCACUGUCUGCUCGCUUCAGGUUCACCCCCUCGCAACACAUCCAUAUCCGGUGGUUUUUACACUAUAUUUUCCACCCACCUGCGCUUGCUUGCUUCCUUAUCGGCUUCUUUGGGUUAUUGUCGGUUCAGAUACAGCUAAUUGCAAUUGCCCCACUGGAAGCGAAGUAUUCCGCCGAAGCCGCUGCGAGUGUACAAGACCUAUCGAACUCCAUUGCUACGCAAAUCAACGGUAGCAUGUACAAUCAGUCUGCGUCAUAUGCCAACCAGCUAAACUCUAAGGUCGACACAGUGCAGUCGUCAAUCAACAACGGCCUCUUUGGUUGGGUAAACGGAACAACCACUACACUGAACACCACACUGAAUAACUUUUACACGGACGUGCAAAACCUAGUGACCUCUGUGUUUAACGGUACAGUCCUUGAGACGCCAGCCCAGGACUUUGUUAUGUGUUUAAUCGGGUCCAAGGUCUCCGCGCUCGAGGAGGCACUGACAUUCCUCAAUGAGAACCUCAACGUGGAUUUACCCCGUGUCAACGACAGUGUACUCGUCCUCUCUCCAAAGGACGUGGACGAGAUUACCCAGCCAAUUGCGACUGCCGCAAUCGGUGGAGGUCAGAACAACUCGUCCGGUCUCAUUGGCCGCCUGGUAGCAACUUAUGUUGACUCCCUCAAGCAAGAACGUAUCAUGUUCGCCAUCUUUCUGGGCCUUUGGGGUGUUGCGGUCGUGAUGGGUCUUUGUAUUAUCUUUUGGCAUUCGUACACCAAAAACUGGGUGGAGCUGUACAAGAAGCGGAAGUGGCGAAAGGAACAACGUGAUGCCCUGGAAGGUUUCCCUGGCCCAUUCCGCGACGACAUGCCAGGUCGCGAUAUUAAAGACACCGAAAAGGCCCCCACACCCUUACGCUCCUUCACGCCACUUUCUGAGCCUCGUUCUGCGUUCAGCCUUAACCCGUUCCGUCGCUCCACACAACCACAAUCUAAUCACCCCCUUAAAGCUCUGGAGCCCAAGUUCGAGAAGAGCUGGGAUAGCUUCUUUCACGAGAAUGUAGAACAGCAGCAGAAGUCGGAGCCUUCGGGCCUGCUUUGCACCGUCAGUAGGUCUGUUAGAUUGCUGAACGUGGGGAAGAACGGCAGCAAGGGAGAAGGGGAGGAAGUCGCUUCGGAUGCUACCAAAGUGAACUGGUUCAAGUCCGUUUUCACGAAGAAAGUGCAACCCUCUACAUCCGUCACACUCGCCGACGAGCCCGCCUCGCGUCACCGGCCCAGACUGACGAUCUCUACGGAACGUGCUGCAUCGCUGAGGGAGAAUUUGCCAAAAAUUGAAGUGUCGCCCAGCGAGGACGAGCCUGUACUGAGAUGGACCGUAUCACGCACUCCACCAGCCCUUCCAUGGAUGAAAGACAUCUCCGCAAGGAAGUCACCUCCUGUGGCCUUGCCUGCCCCGGAACGUUCUCGGAAGGACCCAAAUGUCCCGAUAGAUGUUGGUUCUACACCUCCUGACUACGAUCCUACUCCCUUGGCAAUGCCACUGCACAACGGAUUCCAACAACAUCCCCAUCCAACCUCGCAGCCACCAUUGCCUAUUCACCUUGCACUGUAUCCUAAGUAUGUUGCUCCCCACAGUCUACUUGCUCCUCCCAAGCCACAGUACGGACGUAGAGAAGUUUCAUCUACCACCUCCGCUGCACGCCCAUCACCCGACGUGCCGCCUUCACUGGUCUUGUCGAAGCCGGUCUCACGGGCACCUAACUCUGCCAAUGAUAACGCCACGAACCCUUUUGCUACGCCAUUUGAUGACGAUGUUGGUGACCUGAAGAAAGAGAGGAGAGUAACAAACCCUUUCGCAGGUGUGGCCUUGUAACAUGAGGAUCGUGUGUACUAGUUUCCAGUUGUCUUCACGCGUUUAAUUACACACAAUGUAUAUCUAGAGCAUGAGUGCUACGUAUUUACCCGAGAACUAAUAGGCACUGCCGGUAGUCGGCUAUAACCCUAGUAACAUGACUUUGCAAUGGAUCAUCACUUCG